CGCUAUCAGAAAGGUGGGACAAGAGGCCAGCUGUGCUCGGUUUGCAGUGCGGUCCCGUCCAAGCACGGCCCCUCAUUUCUGGAACCCGGCUGUAAACAGCAGGAGGGAGGGGCGGUGGCGCCUGCCAAGGGAGGCAGAGGCCCUGCGGGGAACUUACCAGAGGAAAACAAGUGCUUGCAUCCUGGGGCCCUCGCACGCACGCGCAGGAGGCCAGGCGCGCUGCUGAUAAGAGCCUGCGGGUUUGCAGAGAAGCGCAGCAGCGCGCAGGUCCUCACCGGAGCUCUGGUGGCCACCUCUGUCCCGCCAUGCUGCUCACUGACAGUGACCAGGGCCCACAGCCCCAAGAGGCUCGGGCCACAAAGUAAAGGGUCACGGAGCCUCGCCGGCCGCCAUGUGGGGCUGCAGCUGGUUCAACGGCACAGGGCUGGUGGGGGAGCUGCCUGCCUGCCAGGACCUGCAGCUGGGGCUGUCACUGUUGUCGCUGCUGGGCCUGGUGGUGGGCGUGCCAGUGGGCCUGUGCUACAACGCCCUGCUGGUGCUGGCCAACCUACACAGCAAGGCCAGCAUGACCAUGCCGGACGUGUACUUUGUCAACAUGGCAGUGGCAGGCCUGGUGCUCAGCGCCCUGGCCCCCGUGCACCUGCUCGGCCCCCCGAGCUCCCGGUGGGCGCUGUGGAGUGUGGGCGGCGAGGUCCACGUGGCACUGCAGAUCCCCUUCAACGUGUCCUCACUGGUGGUCAUGUACUCCACCGCCCUGCUGAGCCUCGACCACUACAUCGAGCGCGCACUGCCGCGGACCUACAUGGCCAGCGUGUACAACACGCGGCACGUGUGCGGCUUCGUGUGGGGCGGCGCGCUGCUGACCAGCUUCUCCUCGCUGCUCUUCUACAUCUGCAGCCACGUGUCCACCCGUGCGCUAGAGUGCGCCAAGAUGCAGAACGCGGAGGCCGCCGACGCCACGCUGGUGUUCAUCGGCUACGUGGUGCCAGCACUGGCCGCCCUGUACGCGCUGGUGCUACUCUCCCGCGUCCGCAGGGAGGACACGCCCCUGGACCGGGAGACGGGCCGGCUGGAGCCCUCGGCACACAGGCUGCUGGUGGCCACCGUGUGCACGCAGUUUGGGCUCUGGACGCCGCACUAUCUGAUCCUGCUGGGGCACACGGUCGUCGUCUCACAAGGGAAGCCUGUGGAUGCACACUACCUGGGGCUGCUGCACUUUGCGAAGGAUUUCUCCAAACUCUUGGCCUUCUCCAGCAGCUUCGUGACACCGCUUCUCUACCGUUACAUGAACCAGAGCUUCCCCAGCAAGCUCCGACGGCUGAUGAAGCUGCCCUGUGGGGACCGGCACUGCUCCCCAGACCAUGUGAGGGUGCAGCAGGUGCUGGCGUAGGCAGCCAAGCUCUCCUGGGGAGACGUGACUCUGGUGGAUGUAGAGCACUUAGUUACCCUGGACGCCCUCCACGUCCUUCCAGGAGGAGACGAGCUGCUGGAAGAGAAGUAGGAGGGGUGUUUUUCUUGAAGUUUUCUUUUUCCCACAAAUGCCACUCUUGGGCCAAGGCCGUGGUCCCCGUGGCUGGCAUCUGGCUUGAGUCUCCCUGAGGCCUGUGUGUCUCCUGAACACGCAGCUCAAGGUCCACAUCUGCAAAAGCCUCCUUGCCUUCAGCCUCCUCAGCAUUCAGUUUGUCAAUGAAGUGAUGAAGGCUUAGAGCCAGUAUUUAUAUUUUGUGGUUCAAAUACUUGAUUCUUCCUUGUUUGUUUUAUAAAACCAGAUGUUUUCUAGAAAAAUGACAAGUAUUAAAAUGAACGAAACCCUACGAAAGAAUGGUAACAGCCAGGGUGGCCGGGCCCUGCCAGUGGGCGGCGGGUGCUGGCCGGGCCUGCCGGGUGUGCCGCGGUCACCACAGGGUUCUGAGAAUAUUUCACAGAAGUGCCUGAGACGCGGAGACACGGCUGAUGUUAAGUGGAGCUAUUCAGUAGCAGUGACGCACUCUCCUCCGCCAACAAAUGUCCCUGACACCGUCCCCAGCCCCACAGAUAACAUCAGCUGAGGUUUUUUUCAGUAUGAAACUAUCCUAAAUCAACUCCUCAAAGUGUACACAAAACUAAAGAAUAUAAAUAAACAAAAGAAAGUAA